UUCAAUAGAGUGAGAUUGUUUUGGGUGAAUUUGCGUAUUUAUUUAAUAAUAUUAUCCUAUAAAAGUAGCAGGGCCCAGGACCCUAAAAACCUGGUGGUGGCAGCUCUACUGGAGAGCACUGUCAUGCUCGCCACGCACGCCACAAGUGGUGACUUGGCGGUGGGAUCCGAACUCUGAAAACUUGUUUUAAGUAUUUCAACCGUGAAAGAACAGUAAAAAUUGUCUCCGAAAGAUAAUAUUGGUGCCGUGAUAGUUUCAAAGUUUAUUGUUAAGCAUUACUAAAUUUUAAUUCGUUUUUGAAUGUGUGUACGUGAUUGUGUUGAACUCUUGAUUAUGUGUAUUAUGUAUUUCGUUAGUUUGUGAAGAUGAAGAGAACUUUAUUAACUACCAAAUAAUGAUCAGUAUAAAUUUAUUCCUACAUGUAUUCGGACAAAAGGUGAAAUUUCUUCAAUUCAUAGUUCAAUAUAUCAAAUCCGUGCAGUAAUAUUUUCUAAAUAACGUUGACGUCUCAAAAAUGAUGCAGCUAAAAAAAUAUUAUUAAAUUCAAUUUUAAAGACUGUUGAACAGUGAGUUCGAAAAUUAUUCGGAUGAAAUAUGAAACCGAGCGCGAUUGUUGAACUCUGGAAAGCGGAAGUGUCUUGAGUCAGCAGAACGCGGGCAGCGAACCAGCGAAACGUUGAGGUGGGGAUUGGCAGAGGUGUGACGUGGGCUUCCUCCAACUUUUGGGUGUUGGCGAAUACGUCACCAGGUUCAUCUCUCUUCAGGCUACACGACUCCAUAGAGACUGUCGCUGUCAUUCUACCAGCUGUUCGGCGGAUGACAACUGUAAUAACAUGGAUCUACUACUGGGGCAACGUUUGCGGCAUUCUACAAUGGAGAUGAAGACAUCAAUUAAAUUUGGAAAUAUUCUGGUGUGGACACUUUUGAUCAUCCAAACUACAAAAUGCGAAAGUAUGGAUCAAGGAAUAGCUUUUGAAAAACUACAAGAUACUAUUAUUUCUGAAAACGAAUGGAGGAUUGUGUUAGACUUUGACAUGUCCGAAAUGCAAAGUGAAAUUACGAUUAUGGGAAAUAUGUACGAUAAUUUAUUAGUUUUUAAGAAUAUGAGUAAAAAAGUUUGUGUAGAAAAUGUUGAGUUCGAAUACGAUAGGGUGUACGGUAGUCUUAAGUCAUAUGAAACUGAUGUCAAUGAUUUGUUCAAGCUCUUACCAGAAAGUGAUAGAACUAAACGAGGACUAGUUAAUGCUGGGGGAUACAUGCUUAAAUGGCUCUUUGGAACGCCUACUACUGAUGAUUUGGACCAUGUAAAUUCCAAAGUUGAAGAACUAAAAGAGCUUAAUGGAAUUUUGCUAAGCUCUAGGCAAACACAGCUAACAUUAAUGAAGGACAUGAACUCAAAACUUAUUUUAAAUACUAAGGCAAUCAAUGAGAUAAUGACUAAAUUGUCAAUUGCACAUAAUGAAUUUGUACCUUCAGACGAUAGCAAACUUGCUGAUGAUAUGAUGUCACAGUUUCUCUUCGUUUUAAAGUUCACUACUAUGCUGCGACAUUUAGAUCAAACUAUCGACGAGGCAAAGCUUCGAGUUAUUGAAUUUAGACAAGCAUUAGAAUUAGUAAGUGCAGGAAGAGUUAGUAGUAAACUGUUAGCUCCCCAUGAUUUUGUAAAUAUACUUGGUAAUAUUCGAAUGUUAUACCACCUCAUCUGA